CUAGCCCGGCGGACUCGGAGGAAAAAGGGGAGCGGAGAAGGCGACUUCGUCGGGCUCAGGAGCGGCGCGCAGGCGCGGUGGCCCGACUGGGGACUUUGUUCUCCGCGGAGAGACCCAAGGGCGGUGCCGGUGACUGGCUGCGCACGCGCGUCGCCUCAUUUCCGGUGCUCUCUUUCGCUGGGUCGCUCGGGUCGGCUUCGGUCGCCGUCGCUCCCGCUCUCCCACCCCCGCCAACCGCCGCUCGGGCCUCUGCCGCUACCGCGUCGCUUCCUCGACCCCUCGAUCGCACAUCCUCCCCGAUGCAGCGCCGGGACGACCCCGCCGCGCGCAUGAGCCGGUCCUCGGGCCGCAGCGGCUCCAUGGACCCCUCAGGUGCCCACCCCUCAGUGCGUCAGGCGCCGUCUCGGCAGCCGCCGCUGCCUCACCGGUCCCGGGGAGGUGGAGGGGGGUCCCGGGGAGCUGCCCGGGCCUCGCCCGCCACGCAGCCGCCACCGCUGCUGCCGCCCUCGGCCACGGGUCCCGACGCGACAGUGGGCGGUCCGGCUCCGACCCCGCUGCUGCCCCCCUCAGCCACUGCCUCCGUCAAGAUGGAGCCGGAGAACAAGUACCUACCCGAACUCAUGGCCGAGAAGGACUCCCUCGACCCGUCCUUCACUCACGCCAUGCAGUUGCUGACGGCAGAAAUUGAGAAGAUUCAGAAGGGGCUUUCAAAAAAGGAUGAUGAGGAGAAUUACUUGGAUUUAUUUUCUCAUAAGAAUAUGAAGCUGAAGGAGCGGGUACUGAUACCUGUCAAACAGUAUCCCAAGUUCAAUUUUGUGGGGAAGAUACUUGGACCACAAGGGAAUACCAUCAAAAGACUGCAGGAAGAGACUGGUGCAAAGAUCUCUGUGUUGGGAAAGGGCUCAAUGAGAGACAAAGCCAAGGAGGAAGAGCUGCGUAAAGGUGGAGACCCCAAAUAUGCCCACUUGAAUAUGGAUCUGCAUGUCUUCAUUGAAGUCUUUGGACCCCCAUGUGAGGCUUAUGCUCUUAUGGCCCAUGCUAUGGAGGAAGUCAAAAAGUUUCUAGUACCAGAUAUGAUGGAUGAUAUCUGCCAGGAGCAGUUUCUAGAGCUCUCCUACUUGAAUGGAGUACCAGAACCCUCUCGCGGACGUGGGGUGCCAGUGAGAGGCCGAGGAGCUGCACCUCCUCCUCCACCUGUUCCCAGGGGCCGUGGUGUUGUACCACCUCGGGGGGCUUUGGUGCGUGGAACUCCAGUGAGAGGAGCCAUCACCAGAGGUGCCACUGUGACUCGAGGAGUGCCACCCCCACCCACUGUGAGGGGUGCUCCAGCACCAAGAGCACGGACAGCAGGCAUCCAGAGAAUACCUUUGCCUCCACCCCCUGCACCAGAAACAUAUGAAGAAUAUGGAUAUGAUGAUACAUAUGCAGAACAGAGUUAUGAAGGCUACGAAGGCUAUUACAGCCAGAGCCAAGGGGACUCAGAAUAUUAUGACUAUGGACAUGGGGAGGUUCAAGAUUCUUAUGAAGCCUAUGGCCAAGACGACUGGAAUGGGACCAGGCCGUCGCUGAAGGCCCCUCCAGCUAGGCCGGUGAAGGGAGCAUACAGAGAGCACCCAUAUGGACGUUAUUAAAAACAAACAUGAGGGGAAAAUAUCAGUUAUGAGCAAAGUUGUUACUGAUUUCUUGUAUCUCCCAGGAUUCCUGUUGCUUUACCCACAACAGACAAGUAAUUGUCUAAGUGUUUUUCUUCGUGGUCCCCUUCUUCUCCCCACCUUACUCCAUUCUUAACUCUGCAUUCUGGCUUCUGUAUGUAGUAUUUUAAAAUGAGUUAAAAUAGAUUUAGGAAUAUCGAAUUAAUUUUUUAAGUGUGUAGAUGCUUUUUUUCUUUGUUGUUUAAAUAUAAACAGAAAUGUACCUUUUAUAAUAAAAAAGAAGAAGUUGAGUAAAAAAAAAAAACCACAAACCUGUUAGUUUCAAAAGUGACAUUGCUUGCUUAAAGGUUCUGAAGUUAAGGCUUGUUAACUUUAUCUUAGUUUUGAUUUGAGGCAUCCCGUAAAGUUGUAGUUGCAGAAUCCCAAACUAGGCUACAUUUCAAAAUUCAGGGCUGUUUAAGAUCUAAAAUCACAAACGUUAACGGCAGUAGGUGCCACCAUGUAAAAGUGAGCUCAGACGUCUCUAAAAACGUUUCCUUUAAAAGCACAUGGCGGUUGAAUCUUAAUGUUAAAUUUUAAUAUGAAAGAUCCUCAUGAAUUAAAUAGUUGAUGCAAUUUUUAACAUUAAUUGAUUUAAAAAACAACAACAAAAUUAGGUUUGUAAAACUGACUUUUUCAUUAUGUGGGUUUUGAAAUCUAGCCCCAGACAUACAGUGUUGAGAGAUACUUAGUGGGGAGUAGGUUUUGAAGAGGCUAAUUGGGGGAGAGGGGCUGGCCACCUGAACUGAAUUUGAUGCAGAGCUUUUUAGCCACAAAUAAUCCUACAAAUAGUACUAAUAAUUAAAAUUUCAGUAUUUAAAAAGACAAAGUAUUUUGUCCAUCUGAGAUUCUGCACUCCAUGAAAAGCUCACUUGGACACUGGGGCCAAAAGCUGACGAUUUUCUUAACAAUUGUCAAUAUUGAAUUGUUCCCAAGGUAGUUAGUCAAGUAUGUCUCAACACUAGCAUGAUAUAAAAAGGGACACUGCAGCUGAAUGAAAAAGGAAUCAAAAUCCACUUUGUACAUAAGUUAAAGUCCUAAUUGGAUUUGUACCGUCCUCCCAUUUUGUUCUUGGAAGAUUAAAUGCUACAUGUGUAAGUCUGCCUAAAUAGGUAGCUUAAACUUAUGUCAAAAUGUCUGCAGCAGUUUGUCAAUAAAGUUUAGUCCUUUUUUAAUCAAAGUAAA